AUGAAGAGAAAACUUUACAAAUUGUCAUUGUUUAAGGAGAUAGAUGAGUUCAAUCAAAAGGAUAGUGAUGGACAUUAGAGUGAUGAUUCCUCUACAUCUGAUGACUUUCUGAAUACCACGUUCGAAGCAUAUGAGUCUCAAAUAUUUAUAAGCAGCAAUCAAACACCCAUACAUUCUGAAUAAUUGCAAUUCAUUCAAGGAGUAUUUGAUAAAUCAGAGGAGAGUGAGCAAUCUUUUGAUUUCAACAUCACUAAUAUUGAAGGAGACAAUAGAACAACCCUGAUGAUGAGAAACAUUCCAUAGAACUAUACUAAAGAAAUGCUGAUUAUGGAAAUUGAUUCAAAAUUCAAAAAUAAAUUUGAUUAUAUCAAUUUACCAUUUGAUGGUACUGUUAAUCCUGGUUAUGCAUUUAUCAAUCUCAAAUCAAAGUCAUACCUUAAAGACUUCUAUAAUUAUUUCAAUGGCAGAAAAUGGAAGACCAAUCCAUAAAAUAAACCUUGCUAUUUAAAAUAUGCCAAAAUAUAGCAUAGGAAAUUUAAGCAAAUCAAUCCAUAGAUAUAUUUACAACAAAGCAGUGUUAUCAAACUUAUUUAAAGUUAGAAAUAAUAAUGCAGUUUUUGA